AUGAAGUACUGUGUGCUGAUCUUCGCUGCAGCAGCGCUUCUAGGGCUCCUGUGCCCUCGGGUUGAGGCGAGAUGUCCGAGCAACGAAGGAGUCUUCAGCGACUGCUCCUUCACGACCUGUACGCCGAGUGAGUGCGCCGACCAAGGCCAGGAAUGCUGCCCUAAACCCUGCGGUGGAUCCUGGUGUGUCGAUGGUGUUGAAGACCGGUCCCUUCAAUCUACCCCGGUGUGUCCCCAAACUGUCCUGCCCGAGGGCGGAUGCAACGACCCCGCAGGGAGCAUCACGUGCUCGAAUGUCUUUUGCGCCGGUGUCCCUUGCUGUAUGGACGCAUGCGGGAAACCAUACUGCCUGAACCCAUCCAGUGAGACCGUCUCGAUCUAG